UUGUGUGACUUGUGUGCAAGUUGUGUACUGUGUGAAUAUUAGAGCUGUGUUUAACAUCGGCUCGUCGUCGUCGCCGUUGAUCGUCAGAUUCUUCUGUUCAAACCGAACAAGUAUUUUAAUUUCAUAACCGGCAGAACAUUGUAAGGAGUGCCAUUUCUAUUCAUCUGAAAGUUGCUGUGUUUAACGAGUUCCGUACAGUCUUAAAAGUUUUCGCGAUCUUUUUAUUUUAUAAUGAGUAUUUGAAAGUUGUUUGAAAAAUUUAGUUAUGUUGAGAAGAAGAAUGAGUAAAUUAAACAAUUCAUUCGUGUGGGGUAUAUUCUUUGCGUCAGCGACUUGGAGCAUAUCGCUUUAUUUAUACUGGCUGUUGAAUUUGAAUGGGGACAACACAAUUAAUAGUACAGAAAACCGCCUGAGCUACAGGUUCGUGAAUACGGACCAGAAGAAUGAAUUGAAAAAUAAUGAUCGAUCUAUUGCAACCUUGGAGGGAAAGAACCUCCUCUUAGAUAAUGCAAAUAUUAACGAAAAAUUUUCUGGCAACAUGUGGAAAUACCAAAAAAGUAAAUCUGAUUACUAUAGUAAGAUGAAGUUGAAAGAAAAGUAUGCUAAACACCUUGGUCUGAAGAUGACUGCGCAACCAGACAACGCAUUGGAUAAUCAGUUUGGAUUGAUUCGAAAUGCAGAAGAUGUGAGGAUUCGUGAUAGUGGCUACAGUGUCCACGCUUUCAACACAUUGAUCUCGCAGCGGAUUGGGAAUCACAGAGGUUUACCUGAUACCAGGAACAAACUGUGUCGUAUCCAAAAAUAUUCAGAGAAACUGCCGAAAACUUCCGUCAUUAUUUGCUUCUUUAAUGAACACUACCAGACUCUGAUGAGGUCGGUGCACUCUAUUUUGGACCGCACUGAUAUGAAAUACCUCAAAGAGAUAAUACUCGUCGAUGACUAUAGUGACUUAGACGGCUUACACGAUGCCGUCCAGAAGUCAGUCAAUGAACUCAACAACAGAAUGCGCAAGGAAGAGGAAAUGAUCGAAACCAAUAACAUUGAUGUGGAGAGUGUCGUGGACUAUAUUAAUGAUGAUAAUGUUGUGGAUAAGAAAACGACUGAGAGGAAUAAAGAUAUUUUAAGCAUAAGGCUGCUGAAGACCAGUAAGAGGGAAGGUCUAAUACGAGCUAGGCUGUAUGGUGCUGAAAAUAGUGUGGGCGAAGUUCUUGUAUUCCUGGACUCUCAUAUAGAGGUGAACAUUGAUUGGCUGCCUCCCAUGCUGGCACGUCUGGCGGAGGGAGUAGACAAAGAAACGAGGUUCUCUCACCGUGCGGUCACUCCGGUCAUCGAUGUCAUCAACGCAGAUACAUUUGAAUACACGGCUAGUCCUUUGGUCCGCGGAGGUUUUAACUGGGGCCUGCAUUUCAAAUGGGAUAAUUUACCAAAAGGAACGCUCAAAACCGACGAAGAUUUUGUGAAGCCAAUAAAGUCACCGACUAUGGCUGGUGGACUGUUUGCAAUUUAUCGUGAAUAUUUUAACUACAUUGGAAAGUAUGACGAGGGCAUGAAUGUUUGGGGCGGUGAGAACUUGGAGAUAUCAUUCCGGAUAUGGAUGUGCGGCGGUUCUUUGGAGCUCAUACCUUGUAGUAGGGUUGGCCAUGUGUUCCGUAAACGUCGACCCUAUGGCACUGGAGAUAAGGAAGACUUCAUGUUACAUAACUCGAUGCGGAUGGCUCGAGUCUGGAUGGACGAUUAUGUGAACAAGGUGAUCGAGCAUAACCCGUCGGCGGCUAACCUGGACCUUGGCGACUUAACAUCUCGUCACGACUUGCGCAAGAACCUGAGCUGCAAGUCUUUCAAGUGGUACUUGGAGAAUAUUUACCCUGAACUGGAGACUGGUGAGAAUGAAGUGGUAAAGAAGAGAAUAGCCGACCUCAAUGAUGUAGAGAAGAAUAAGUUCCAGCCAUGGCAUUCCAGGAAACGCAAUUACACUGAUUCAUACCAAAUUAGACUGAAGAACACUUCGUUGUGUAUCCAGAGUGAAAAGGACGUAAAGACGAAAGGAGGAGGAUUGGUUCUCGGAAGCUGCAUAAGGAUCUUGAACCAGAUGUGGUUUGAAACGAGUCGCUUCGAGUUGGUACUAGGACGCACGUUAUGUUUGGACGCAUCCAACAAUGUUGCACCGAAACUGAGCAAAUGCCAUGAACUUGGCGGCUCACAGGAGUGGAAACAUAAGGGAUCCGGAGGCAGUCCUAUAUACAACACUGCGGCAGGUAUGUGUCUAGGAGUCGACCGAGCGAGCCGUGGCGAGCCUCUUAUCAUGGUGAUCUGUGACAACCAACCAACGAACCAAUGGGACUUCAUUAGAACUUAAAUGUAUGGAUAUUUUACACUCAAACAUAUUCCCUUAGUUACUAAAAAUUUGAUGUGACUAGGCUGUUUAGCCGACCUGAGCUUGUAGACGUAGAACCCACAGCGAUUCUUAUUCAGCCCAAUUACGGUAUCUUAUAGAAACAUUGCUUUAGAUAUAGUAUAACCAUUUCAAUCAAUAUAAUAAUUAUCUUAAAAUAAACAAUGUCGUAGUAUAGACCUUCAACAUUGAUCUCUUAAUAUUGGUAAUCUCUUUUCGUAGACUCUUAUUACAUAAUUAUAUAUUACAUAACCAUAUACAUAAUCAGUAACAAUCAUACAAUACAGAAUACUAAAUAAUGCUAGAUUAGGAUUAUUAGGAGUAGGGAUUAUAUUAUAGCGAAACAAAUACAAUGGAAUAAUAUAGAAACUCGACUGUGUAUGGUAAAUAUUUUUUCAUACUUUUUUAAUGCAGCUUUUUAUUAAUAUAGAGAGACUUAUUGGAUCUGAGUGCAGCUUGGAUAAAUUAUUUUGUGCUAAUACAUUAGCAUAUUGUAGAAUCACGUUUUUGCUGUAAUGGUAGUAAAAAUGUUUCAAUUAGAGAAUUAGGAAAGCUUUAUAGCAUCAUAAAAUUAUGAGUGGCUCGUGAAAUAUUGAUACCGUCCCGUCUUGUUUUAUGAUUUUUUCCUAUAAAGACAUUAGUCGUUUAAAUAUUAUGUACAUACGAUAAUUUAGUGUAGUACAUUAUACACGUAUAUUUUGCUAAUUAUGCUAUGUUGGAAUGUGGGAUGAAAUAAAUAUCGAAUUAAUGUAGUAUUUUAAAAUACACAGAUCUUUUGGAAUGGGUGAAUAUCGUAUAAGUUAGACUUCUUUCUAUAAAUCCUGUGCUGAGUUAUUAAGGAUUGUUCCAUUUUUUGUCUUUUUAGAAAUAAAGUAUUACUAGUUAAAGAAGUAUAUCAGUUUAUUAACUGACUUCUCAAAAAGGAGCAGGUUCUCAAUUCAUCUGUAGGUUUUUUCGUGAAGUUCUAUUCGCUUCUGAAUAGUUUUAUAACAUACAUUUACAUAAUUUUUAUUGCAUACAGCAUAUCGUAGCAUAUAUUUAAUAUCUUUAUUGUUUUCCCAAUUUGAAACUUUUCCCGAUCCAUUAUGUUUUUUAGGUUUAUGGCUAGUGAAGUAAGCUAAGGUUAGUAUUUAAUCUAAAUUUUUAUACACAAAGAAUUUUUUUUGUCAAUUUUACAUCAGACUGAUUUUUACAGACUACGUUAAUUUUGCCUUUGCACAGAAUAUGUACUGAUAUUAUUUUUUUGACUCUAGGUUCGUAACGUACUAACUUUUGUACACGAUUAGUUAGGAUAAUAUCUUUAUAAGAAUUAAUUUCGAUGUUCAGUACAAGAAUCAAUAACCCUGUAGACUGAUUUAGUAUUUGAAAGGAAGAAUGUUACCCAAGCGUUCUGCCAUGUAACUAAGCGAUUUGUCUAAAGGCCAUCGCACGUCUUAAAAGCACGGCUCCGGCACUGCGUUGUUUCGAAUUUGCCUACCGCUAGCCGCAAGCGCGCUUACGCGCGUGUUGUACGCCGGCCCAGAGGUGGAAGCUUUUGUCCCCACGAGUAUAAUCAACAAUACCUACUUACGAUGUGACGUUGUUUCGCUAGCCUCUGGCGGGCGGCUUGCCGUCAACUCGCCGUGUCGUCGGCGCGCUGCCAGUUCGCGGACGACGCGGCGACGUGCCGUAAGCACGCGGGUACCUUGACUACAACUCGAGUAGAUCGCGCGCUGAACAUCCGCCCUGUCAGCCUUUUGUAUUGAAGUUAUGAAAUAUAUCAUACGACAUGCAAUUUAAAGUGCAUAUUUACUAUAACUUAAUUGCAGGGUUGGAUGCGUGCUUAUUAGAUGUGCGAUGACCUUUAGACUCUCUUUUAUAAUCUGUGGUUAAAACGAUCGUACCCACAAUAGUGAGAGAAGAUAACUAAAGGACAUUAUUGUAUUUUAGUGUGAGAUUACUAUCUUGAAAAAAAUUAAAAUAAAACAAAAUCUGAUUAUUCUUUUAAAUUAUGUAUUGGUAAGUUAAUCAUUCAACUUACAGCUUUAACAUUAAUACAGUGUUGUGUUAUAAAUAACUUUAAAUCUUUAGGAAUUAAUUUCAAAUACCUGUGGUAUGUACCGUUGUCUAUUGAUAGUGGAAAUGUUUUUUGGCUAUGGAAAUAAAAAAAAUAUGUUUUUGUAUAAAUGCACUAUGGCAGACUCUUGUCAAUUAUUUUUGUGUAAUGACAAUAAUUUAUGCUAAUAUAUUUUUUUGCUGUACGUAAUUCUGUUGCCACCUUUAUAAAAAUAUUUAGUUUUUGUAUAACUGAGUUAAUUCAAUGCUUAACAAUAGCAUUCAAUAUAUGUGUUUUAAAGCUAAAUAUUUGUAUUAAUAAAUGUUUCAAUCUGUAUUACAUACUCUCCUAUCGAUGUCUAUUGUUAUUAUUACGAAAACGGAUUUAUUACGGAUUUGUUCUUAUAAUCUCAGACUGGCAACUCCGUCCUUUUUUUAAUACCUACUUUAUGAGAUACAGAUUUUUGAUAGUAUUUUUUGACAGAAAGAGCAGGAAUAAUCAACAUCGUGAAAGUUACCUACGUGUCUAUACGAACUUAUUUUUUUUUAUUGUUCUAUAAUUCUUGGCUACCAUAUUUUGAUUUGGUAGGGGUUAUCACGGGCACUGUUUUCCUGAUUAUUUUUGAUAUCAAUCAACAUCAUGAUAUCAAUUUGAUAUCAAUCAACAUGAUAAAAAUCAACCCCCAAUCCUUUUUUUAUUCUUUUGUUAACUUUCUCUCAGGUAGACAUGAUUAAAACGAAAUGAUGGUAAUUAAUAGAAAAAUAACAAUGCGCAGACUUAUCCGCACC